AGUCAUUUUCAGCACAAAGUAAAGAACAAGAAGGAAAUUUUUUGAGCUCUCUUGCUGAUCUGCCCAACCCAUUAAACAUUUAUUGUAAUAAAGACUAUUAAUUAAAAACAAUGCAGACGAUUAAAUGUGUUGUUGUGGGUGAUGGUGCCGUUGGUAAAACCUGUUUACUCAUCUCUUAUACAACCAAUAAAUUCCCUUCGGAAUAUGUGCCCACCGUCUUUGAUAAUUAUGCGGUAACAGUGAUGAUUGGCGGGGAGCCCUAUACUUUGGGUUUGUUUGAUACGGCCGGACAGGAGGACUACGAUCGUUUGCGUCCCUUGUCGUAUCCACAAACAGAUGUAUUCUUGGUUUGUUUUUCUGUGGUUAGUCCAAGUUCAUUUGAAAAUGUUAAAGAAAAGUGGGUCCCGGAAAUAACGCACCACUGUCAAAAGACGCCUUUCUUGCUAGUGGGAACGCAAAUAGACUUACGCGAUGAAAGCAGCACUUUGGAAAAAUUGGCCAAGAAUAAACAAAAGCCAAUUGGCAUGGAGCAGGGCGAGAAGUUAGCCAAGGAAUUGAAGGCCGUUAAAUAUGUGGAAUGUUCCGCUUUAACACAGAAAGGUUUGAAAAACGUGUUUGAUGAGGCGAUUUUAGCUGCUUUAGAGCCACCAGAGCCAUCCAAGAAAAAGAAGUGUAAAUUUUUAUAAUUUUGUAUGUAAUUUAUAAAUGAUAUAAUUUAUAUAUUAUUUAAAUAACAACAAUAACAGUAACAAAAAGAAACCAGAAAAAGCGUAACUUUUUUAAAAUAAUAACGUAACAACGUAACGUAAUUAAAGAACCACUUUUUCUAAAAAUUGAAAAGAAAAAA